ACACCUUUCUGAAGAGGAUUUCUAAGCAAGGCACUUGCAGCGCAGAUUAACUGCAAAGAUUAAGCAAAUUAACCAGGACGGUGCCUCCAGAAAUAAACUGUUGCUGUGCAGUUAGUUUUACAGCAGUCAUUAUGUACAGUAGAACACGGACUAACAUUUCAUGGAUCCUUUCAAAACGGUCGGGAAUUUCAUGAUGCCAACGCAGCCAAUCAGCAAUGAUGAAUGAGACACAGAUUCGGAGGAUCCUCCCUGACCAGUCAUCGGGCAGUGGGCACACCUUUGGCACCCCACGCCACUCAAGGAUCAUCGAUCCUAUCCUAUCGAAGAGAGUCUGCUUCUACAAAAGUGGAGAUCCUCAGUUCAAUGGCUUGCGCAUGGUCAUCAACAACCGCACCUUUAAAACAUUUGAUGCGCUCCUGGACAGUCUUUCUAAAAAGGUUCCCCUGCCGUUUGGGGUAAGGAACAUCACCACUCCCCGGGGGGUUCAUGCAGUCCAUACUUUGGAUGAACUGGUGGAUGGAAAAUCUUACAUCUGCUCCGACAGCCGUAAGGUAAAACCAAUCAACCUAGCACUAGCCAGGAAGAAGCUCCCGCCCUGGUACAACGCCAGGCCUGUUAGUUCCCGCCGCCGGACCGUGCAGCAGGCCAGGUCUUUCCCUGGCCAGAACAUUUUUGUGCGCACACCAAAGAAGCUACUGGUUUUUCGCAAUGGCGACCCCACGGUAAAACAUACUGUGGUGCUUCACAAGAGGACUACACUCACUUUUGAGUCUAUCCUGGAACAUAUUUCGGAGCUGAUCCAAUUCCAGGUGGUGAAAUUACACACAGUGGAUGGCAGACGUGUGGAUAGUCUUCCAGGCUUGAUAUUGUGCUCUGGGACAGUAGUGGCUAUGGGCAGGGAGCCAUUCAGGCAUGCAAACUACAAUGCACAGAAAUCACCAGCUACAACAAUGCUGCCGACCAAACAAAUGAGUCACAGAAGACUAAAGGCAGUAAAACGUAAAAAGAAGUCACUAUCAUCUACAUCAGAGUCAAGGAAUUUCUCCCCCUCAUCGGAGAGAUACAUUGUGAAUCGGAUACAUAACUCCAUCGUGGGAAGUUCAUGUGACCUACCCAGUCACUCUGUCGAGUGGGAGUCAGGUCAUAUGCUGGAGUCAGUCCCAGAAACACCUGACACCUGCCUUGGCGUUGGAGCUGAAGAGCAGGAGAGCCUGCUGCCCUCAGAUGAUGACAUUGAAAAGUCCUUUCGAGUGAACCAAGAUGGUAGUAUGACAGUGGAGAUGAAGGUGCGGCUGACAAUUAAGGAAGAAGAAACCAUCCAUUGGACAACCACACUGUCACGCUCAAGUCUAGCCAAUCGUCUAAAUGGGACCUGUUUUCCAGAGCCUGAGGCGGAGCAGGAGAUAAGCUCACUUAAAUUAAACUCACUGGAUAUACAAAGUCCUGCUGCCUCCAUCAACACCAUCAACAAAACUAAGGAUAACAAUGACGAAGAUCCACCCUCGUUGGGCAAUACAACUUUCAGUGAGAGUAGUCAUGAAGAGGAUAAUAUCAAAGUACAAACUGAUGUGGUGUCUCCUAGGAGAGCUCCUACACCGGGGCACAAGCAAAUUAGAAAAAAGCAAGUUGAGGGUCUAAAACCGGUAACCACAGAGGGGAUUCAGGAAGGUACGAUUGGUUCUUACUCCUACAGAGAGCAGACAGAAAAUGGAGCCAUGACAGAGCAGUACUGCGUGGUCAAACAGAGUAGCAGUAUACCUGUGCCCAAACCUAGAAAACUUGGCUCCGUCGAUGUCAAAAAUAUAAACGGAAAUGUGUCCACGUUUAAAUCAGCAGGGAUGGCUGAAAUCCUACAGAUUGAAUCCAGCGGAGAGGAGGUCACUGAAACGGUCUUACACGUAUAUGAACAGCAGACCUACCUUUCUUCACAGGGUGUGUCUGCUUCUGAGAUGCAUUUUUGCAGGCCAGCUACUUCAGAAACUGGACAGCACUCCUCCAAUAACGAGUUUGAACCCCAGCUCUGGAGACCAUCGACAGCUUCUGAGUCAAUUAGCAUCUGGAGAACUGAGAGCAUGUCGGUAACAUCUGAUUUCACAUUGCCUUCACUGAGGACUGGUGCAAUUGAAGCAACAAAUGCUCAACAACAAUUCAAAAAGCCCACUAAAGGCAAAGACAAGCCCCAACAAAGAGAAGUCAAUAAAGAUAAAAGGCUUUCCCCAAAACCAAAAGCAAUCAACAAACGUGUCCAUCGACUUAAGUCACCAGGAAAAAGAAUAAAAGAAAGUUCUGCAGUAGCAACCAAGAAAAGUAAGAAAGUGAAAAUUUUCUCAAGUGCUGGGUUCAUUAAGAAAAUCUAUGGGAAUAUAUCAAAAUCAGCAAAAAGAGUGAUGCCACUUAAAAAGGUACCAACACAAAAUGACAGGGGUGUUACAACUAAGAGCUCACAACAGUCUAAAGAUACAAUAAAAUGUAUUCUCAAAGACCCAAACAUACCAUCAUCAUUGAAAGAAACUAUGAGUGAGACAAUUCCUUUUGAAAAAAUCUGCCUGAAUGUUGCUCCAAAUGAUGUAAGCCAACCACAUGGAAUACUGACACGGCAGACAUCAACGCAUCAGGAGAUAAUGAACAAAAACGAGUGCUGUGAGAUCAGCAAAAGCAUGCCACUGCCUGCUUUAGACUCCUCUAGCUUUGUUACCAAUGAAUAUGUGGAAAACUGGCUGGAAAAAGCCCACCUUAACCCCACGGCCUACCCAGAUGAGGAAAUAAAAAAAUUAGAAGCAGUCGCUCUUGUACAAACAGAAAGUGGCAGCAGGUGUGGUGAGUCUGAAAAUAAGGAUGGCUUGAUAAUUGUGGCACAGGAGGUAAAGUGUUUUGGUUACAAAUCAGAAAUACAAUCUCUAAAAACUGACCUACUGCCUGAGAAUGAGCUAGGAGCAUCUAUCAAACAAAAAAUCCAUACGUUUGAAAACAAAUCUACAAGUCCAUCAAUGGAGAAACCCCCUGUCAAUCAGCAAAUCGCACAUAAUCAAACAAACACAGAAAACUCCAGUAGUUUAGCUCAGAAUAAUAAAGAAGAAAUAAAGCCUCUCUCGACUCAUAACUGUUCUGAAACAAUUCCACCAACUAAUGAGAUGGCAACAAAAACACUAUCAAACAGUGAAGUAGAAAAUAAAUCCAAUCCGAUUAAAAUGUCAUAUCAAGAAGCAACAACUUCCAAUACACUUUCAAUGGAUCUACCACCACCACCACCUGCUGAAAAUACAGUGCUGUCAAACACUGAACACUGCGAGAUGGAUGCAUUCUCAGUGGCCAGCAGCCCAUUAUACAGGCUCUCAUCUCUUAGCAGUCAAACAUCAGAUAAUAAUCCAUUAUCCAUCAGCCCGACAUCUGACAAGGCCAUAUCACCUACCGACCACAGAAUGGAAAUGACAACAUCAAUUCAGACUGACAGACCUCCCACGCAGAGGGAAGCAACACUACCAAGAGCUCAAUCCAUUAAAAGGGCCCCUUUGGUUAGUAAUAUAUCGUUUGACAGGAAAAUGUCUCUCAGAAAGGCUUGCCUGGAUAAAUAUACUUUAUGUAAUGAUGCCACUUCAGAGACAAGCACAUCAUCUACUCCCGUCAACAUAGUGGGUGAUAAUGUGCUGCCAAACGGCAUCUGUUCAACAGGGACACAACGGCCGAGUGAAAUCCCACCAGAAGAGACCCAGCAAUCAAAAGGCAUCUUCAAUUUGAAAAGUAGUCCGUUAUGUUGUACUUCUGCUACGAGUUUAACAACUGAAGAGAGAAUACCACCAGUCAGUAUUCCAUCAAGUGAGGUUCCAACACCAAGUGAUAUUUCAUUUAGAGAGACAGAAAUGGAUAUAACACAAUUUUUAACUCAAAAAGAAGAAUCUCCUAAACUCUUGGUCCAAAAUCUUAAAAGCAGUCCAUCCCAAGAUAAAAAAUCCCAAACUAAGAAAUUCUCUUCAGAACUUUCGCACAACUCUCCAAAGUUACCAUCAAAACAUAACCUCCUACCGGAUAAAACUAUGUCACCAAAUAUUGGAAUCCGAAGAGAUGCAACACCAAAUUCUAGCCCUUUCACUGAAAGAAAUCUUUAUACAUCUAAUUUACAAAAGAGACGGUCUCCAUAUUCUCAGUCUCUGGACAUGGGGUCAGCACCUGCCAGACACCAGUCAAGUGGAAAGUUUCUCUCCAGAAAUCUCUCCUCAGACAAUGCAUCAGAGCCCACAAAUAAGAAAACAUCAUCCCAAAGAAAGCAUCACCAAACACCCAAGUCAAUAAAAUCAACAUCUGAACUGGACAAAAAACUAAAUUCUAACACUCUCAUGCCAUUGAAAGCUAAUCAAAGUGAUGACAAUAAAGUGAAAGAUGACCUUAUUCCACCAGAUCAGGAGAAAUCCAUAACACAAAUAAUGCCACAGCCUUUAAACAUUGCAAAUCAGCCAAACAUAAAACCUGUGCUUGAGAAAAUUUGCCACUCAAUAAAGUCAAUUAGAAAAAUCACACAGAACAAACGUCCAUCAUGUCUGGAAAAGUCUAACAGCCUGCCUGACUUCUCCUCUCAUGUGGCCUCUACAUUUGGCUCAUCAACUAAAGCUCUUCUCGCUUUCUUGUCUGUCAUGACCCUGAAGGAAGGCCUAACUACCUUAAAUAUGGAUGAGCUGAAUGCAAACAAUGUCAGCUGUGCCGAGGCUUUUAAAAUGAUUGAUUCCCUCAGAGAAAUUGCCAGCAUUGAGGACUCCCACGAGUUAAGAGUUAGUUUGUCCAAUUUACAGCAGUCAGCUUCGAAGCAGCUCUUGCUAAGUUGGAAGGGCUUUCAGGAUCUCAGCGACAAAUGCAGGAGUUGCAGCUCAACCCCAAAUAAUCCAGAACUUGAAUGUGUGACCGAGGCCAGUCCUGAAAAACACUGUGACAUUGAUGAAAACGUCAUAGAUGAGAUAAUGGAUCAUCUGUUCAUACCUGAGAAGCUCAAGGAGGAAUUGACCGCUCUUUCAAUGGGUGUCAAAAGUGACAGUGACGAUGAAGAAAAGCUCAAAAAAGUGAAAACAAAAGCUAACAGUAAUAUAUCAGAUUUCUCCACAAAAGAUGCUGUUAAUGUCAGGGCUGUUACUCAAGAUGAGAAAGUUAAUGUUGAUGUGAGCUCCAUCAUUAAAAAAUUCACAGACAUUAACCAGCUAAAACAACCCAGCAUGGGUAGUAUAACUAAAGACAGCCUGUGUGGACACAAUGGUGUGGCCAAAUGUCCACCAGCUGAACCUAUUUAUAAACCAAUACCAGAAGCAAGGCAGCUUUACAGCUCAGUGAUAUUUGCAAAAGAUAACGAGCAGCAAGGCCACAAUGAAGACCAAGAAAAGGCAAAAAUGAAUGGAGUACUAAGCAGCAAGAACCGUUUUGAACAAGACAGCCGCAUCUCUGAAGUAGAGGACAGAGACAUGGGAGGUAAUCAGCUGCGGAUGCACAGUGAAGAGAGUAGGCCGGAGAACGAGCUUACCCGUGAUGACGAGUCAGGUUCAGAUGAGAAGGGGCAGAACACGUUAAGUGCCAUCAAAGAUUUAGAGCCGAAGGUGAGCUGUAAGCAAAGCGUAUCCAGCUCAGAAGCAGGUGAGCAACGUAGCUCAGAAGAGAAGAUAGACUUUAAAUGUGAGGAGAUACAACAGGAGAGCAAGGCUAGUGAUGACUUGUCCAACCAUGAAAGUCACUCUGAGGAGGAAGAGGAGAAGCAUCCAAGCUCAGAUUACUAUGUAGAAGUGAAUGUAAGAGGAAAGGAAAGAAUAUCGAGCCCCGAUAGUCAAAACAGGCUGUCAGAGGUUGAAUGUCAAGCCGGCCCUAUAGGACCGAAGGUCGAUGUCGAUGAAAGCACAUGUAACUCAGAUGUAGACAAGUCUUCUUCAGAGGAAGAGCAGCCGGAGGUUGAAUGUCAAGCAGGCUCUAUAGGACCGAAUGUCAGUGUUGAUGAAAGCACAUGUAACUCAAAUGUGGAUGAGCCAUCUUUAGAGGAAGAGCAGCCGGAGGUUGAAUGUCAAGCAGGCUCUAUAGGAACAAAUAUUAGUAACUAUGAAAGCACAUGUAACUCAGACGUGGAUGAGCCAUCCUCAGACGAAAAGCAGCCUGAGGUUGAAUGUAAAGAGCUACAUGUUUUUACUGAGGUAAGUUUGCCUGGCAAUGAAGUAGAGGAGGAAGAACACCUUGAUGAACUUUUGUAUCACAAGGAACAAACAAACAAAUGUAAAAAGUCUUUGAUAGAAGAGACAGAGGAGGACAAGGUCAGCUUAGAUAAUGAGGACUAAAAUCAGGAUUUAUAUACGAAAAAAGACAAUAGCAGUUUGAUAAAGUGUGACAGUUUAACAAAGAGUUAUGGAUUUAAUGCAGAUGAGGACAGUGGGAAUGAGCACAGCAGCUGGGAAGAACAUGUAGAGGUAAAAGUUGAAGAUGAACAGACCAAUAGCUCGCGUGAAGAAACAUUGAACUACGGUAAAGAGGAGUUCAUCUCAGUAGAGGAAUAUGCCAAUAUGGACGGAUAUAUAGAACAGGGCUUAACACUGGAAACACAGUCGAAAAAUACAAAAUGUGAAAAGGCUGUGAAAAAACUCAAGCAUCAACCUGAAGCAAUAAUAUCCCAAUCUGUUGCAGAAAGAGUUAUUAUUCUGGAAAAACAGGUUGCCAAUGCCCAAAAGACAACAGAAAGUUCUGCUACAAGACAUUGCCUCCGAAAAAAAGCCCCUCUUGAGUCGGACAUUGAGGAUUCAUCCCCUGAAUCACCCCCAUCUCAGUUGGCUCCCUGCACCCAAUCAGCUCCUCAGUCGUCAUUAUCUUUUAGCUAUGAUUCUUGUGGCGUUAUAACAACAGAGCCUGAAAGCAACCGGGUCAAAUCCAUAAGGCAAAUGUUCCUGGCAAAGAGUGGCACAGAUAUCCCACACGGACCAGGACGUUUCCCGGGCCAGAAGACAUCAAAGCAGCCCGAGUUACGAGCAGAGACCUCGGCUAGCGGCGGGUAUCAGUCUCUGACUUCAAGUGAGCUGUCUAGCAGCGAAGAUGAUUCAGCACGGAAAUCGAUCACUAAAGGAUUUGUGAGAAGAACAAUCGAAAGGCUUUAUGGCAAGAAAGAAGCUAAACCUGACGAGGAAGCAAGUGAAAGGCCCCCAUCUGCGCCAAAACAGAAAACUAAAGAACAUUCAAGCAUUUUCUCUCACUUGCAUAUAGCCCAGUCCAAAGCAAUGUCUGAGCUGUAUUACUUCAAUUCCUCUAAUGUACUUGACACCUUAGGUGAAGCAACACAUGUUGCUUUUAAUGUACAAGUCAGGCCUGAAGACAGUGUCCCUAUAAAUGAUGAACAAUGGCUCCUUAGAGAAAACACACCGAUCAGAAAGUCUGUUUCAGACCCGGUUGGAAUAAAUAAAAACUUAAACUCUCCUCAAGGCGAAGGAAUGUGUGAUGAUACAGAGGAGAACACAUACUCCCUUUUCAGCACAAAGUCUGAACUGGAAGACAAGAAAUCGUCUUUUUCAAGGAAGUGCACCUACUUCUCUAUACCCCAUUCUAGUGACUCACAUGCAUGCCAGGAUGAGGUGAGCACUGUUAGCAAGAGCAGCGAGAAUUACGACAGUAUUAUAGAUACAAAGGACAAUUCAGAGGACACUAAAAUGUGGGCAGAGAGGAACAGCACACUGCCCAGUGUUGGUGUUAUGGACUUUAAGAUGAUGGAUAACAAAGUGCACCCGCUGAUAGAGCCUCCACCUGAUGGUGAGGUGGUAGUUGUGCAGCCUGGGAAAGGUCAGGGUGUUGUGCGCAGGAUCCCAGAGCCUGAUAUAUUGGACAUCCUUUACAAUUUUUGUGGUCAGAAUUGUCCCAUCCUGUAAGGACAUUUUAUCUUUUUUAAAUACAAUCACAAAACCACAAACUUUUGUGUCUAAAUAGGUGUACAUUGUUAGGCUACAGCGUACUAUAUUGUCUUUGGUGCCUACAUUUUGAUGUUGCCAUAGCCUUGGCAUAACACACUAUCAUGUCAACUCAUUUGAGCCAAACACCAAAUGUGUCACAAGUCAAUGGAUUCAUGUUUAUUCAAUACAUACAUUUAUUUAUUCAUUCAUGUAUGUUAUGAGCUUGUGAUCAAUGUCAUUUUAUGAUCCUUGUUUGAAGUAGAAGUGAAUGUUUUUUCUCUCCUAACAUUGCGAUUGUUUAUUUGCCACGCACACUGCAGAGCAGCUCUCUUCUUUUUAUAGGUUGCCUGUCAACAGAUCAAGUACCCAGAGCAUUACUGUAAUCUUGUUUUAAAACUCUUAAAAGAGAUCCCACAUCCCCGCAGAUGUCAAGUAAUAAGGCCAAUCCCCACUGCACUGAAUGAACGGAUCGGUUAUUGGUUGCAGCUCAGGUCUGGGAUAACGUUCAGGUAUGCAAAGGGUAGAAAUUGUCAGCAAAUACUAAAUACUAGAUUUAAUGUCCUAUUGGUUGUCGAAACUGUAAAUAAGACGUCAUUGAUUUUCACAAAGUAACCAUAGCUUUAUGCAUAUCUACAAUAACUUGACCUUUAUAAUUAGGAUAGGUGGUUGUAUGGUUUCAAUGUGGCAGCUGUGACAAUUUUGUGUCUUUAAAUUGACGUGGAAGAAUAAAGUGUGUGUUUACAAA